AUGCGGUCCUUCACCCCUCUCCUUCUGAGCCUGCUGGGUGCUUCUGCGGCCGUUUCGGCUUCAGAGCCCGCCGCCGAGGCUGCUGCGGACUCUAAUGUCCUCGCGCUGACCGGCGAGACCUUCAACGACUUCGUCAAGGAGCACGAGCUGGUCCUGGCCGAGUUCUACGCACCCUGGUGCGGUCACUGCAAGGCUCUCGCCCCCAAGUACGAGGAGGCUGCUACCGAGCUGAAGAGCAAGAACAUUCCCCUCGUCAAGGUGGACUGCACAACUGAGGAGGAGCUGUGCCGGACCUACGAGGUCGAUGGCUACCCGACCCUCAAGGUCUUCCGUGGCCCCGACUCGCACAAGCCUUAUGCCGGUGCCCGUCAGACUGACUCGAUCGUCUCAUACAUGACCAAGCAGUCGAUGCCCGCAGUCUCCAUCCUGGCCGAGGAGACCCUGGAGGAGUUCAAGACCAUGGACAAGAUCGUCAUCGUCGGCUACAUCGGUACCGAUGACAAGACCGCCAACAAGAGCUUCACCGCGUUCGCCGAGUCCCAGCGCGACAACUACCUCUUCGGUGCCUCCAACGACGCCGCUCUCGCCAAGACCGAGGGUGCCACCCAGCCCUCGAUCGUUCUCUACAAGGAUUUUGAUGAGAAGAAGGCCAUUUACGAUGGCAAGCUCGAUGAGGAGGCCAUCCUGAAGUGGGUCAAGAUCGCCAGCACCCCCCUCGUUGGUGAGCUCGGCCCCGAGACCUACUCCAAGUACAUGGCCGCCGGUAUCCCUCUCGCCUACAUCUUCGCCGAGACCGCCGAGGAGCGUGAGCAGUUCGCCGAGGAGUUCCGCCCCAUCGCUGAGAAGCACCGUGGUGAGAUCAACAUUGUCACUCUGGACGCCAAGGCGUUCGGUGCUCACGCUGGCAACCUGAACCUUGAGCCCGAGAAGUUCCCCGCCUUCGCCAUCCAGGAGACCGACAAGAACUCCAAGUACCCCUACGACCAGACCAAGAAGAUCGACGCCAAGGAGGUUGGCAAGUUCAUCCAGGACGUUCUGGACGGCAAGGUUGACCCCAGCAUCAAGUCCGAGCCCAUCCCCGAGGAGCAGGAGGGUUCCGUGACCGUUGUCGUUGGCAAGAACUACCAGGAGGUUGUCAUUGAGAACGACAAGGAUGUCCUGCUCGAGUUCUACGCCCCCUGGUGUGGACACUGCAAGGCUCUGGCUCCCAAGUACGAGGAGCUCGCUGCCCUGUACGCCGACGUUGCCGAGUUCAAGGACAAGGUCGUCGUCGCCAAGAUUGACGCUACCGCCAACGAUGUCCCCGACUCCAUCACCGGCUUCCCUACCAUCAAGCUGUUCCCUGCCGGCAAGAAGGACGAGCCCGUCGAGUACGCCGGCUCUCGUACCAUCGAGGACCUUGUUGACUUCAUCAAGAAGAACGGCAAGUACGAGAUUGACGGUCUUGCUGGUGGCAAGAAGGCUACUGAGGGUGGCGAUGUCACUGCCGCUCCCUCUGCCUCCUCUACCGAGGCUGCCGAGACUCCUGCCGCCUCUGACAAGAAGGAGGAGAUUCACGAUGAGCUGUAA